CUUUUUGUACAUUCUGUGCUUGCCUUCUCUUCUUUUCCCAACAGUCAAUUGUGAGAAGAAAUUACUAGGGUGUACUCCGCACAAUGGCCAGAAUGUCCAGCCGUCUCAAAGCCUUGGUGAACGCGCCGGCUGCGCGUCCGCACACCGUGCCCGCGCCCCGCAAUAUACAGUCGGUCUACCAGAAGGUCCAAGAGGGCGCUCAGGCAAAUGAGGUGUCGCAGCGAUCGUGGUUGGCGUUAUCGGUUCGUGUGUCCCUCACCCACCCGGAAUGCUAGCUCCCAACUCACGCAAUGUGUCGGACAGACGGCCGCAACGAUGACCAUGAAUUCGCCCGAAUCCCUGGCCGCUCUAUUCCAACUGGCGACCUCGGCACAGUCCCCCGCCGAGAGGGUCGCUACGGCGGAGCUGAUGCGGGAGGUGGGCCUGAAGUGCAUCAGCUUCAACGGGAUCCCACGUACCAUCAACUGCCUGAACGCGUUCCGGGCCAGCUUGCCGGAGUCGGUGGGCGCCCAGUUGUCGCGAACCCCCACGCGGGCGCCGAACCCGGAGAACAUCACCGCCAUCAGCGGCCGGGGACAGGCGUUGUGGGACUCGAUCUACCGCCCCUUCGAGACCAAGCUGUACAACAAACUGGCCGAGUCGCAUCCUGACCUGCCCGUCCAGAUUCUGCACAGUAACUACGGGGCGCUGCUCUCGGAUCCGGCGGGACGGACCACGGGGGCCAAUGCCGGCCGCGUGCUGACGUCUAUCGUCGCCGUGGCGUGUCUACGGGCCCAGACCGGCGUCGGUCCGCAGGUUCUCUCUCACGUGUUUGGUCUGCGCAAGUCCCUGGAGGACGGCAGCUGGGCCAGCGACGUGGAGAGUGAGGGUGCCGUGCAAUGGUUGGCCAGUGACGCGGGCAACGAGUGGAUUCUAACCAGCGUGGACGAGAUUGUGGAAGCCAUCAGUCAGGGCACGGGGUCCAACUUUGCUCCCGACCGAGCCUCGAAGCUGUGAACGAACCUGGCUAUUGAAUAGUUGUAUAUACCCUGCAUUAUCUCAUACCAUGUAAACAAUGAUCUAGACGAGAGAAUCACUGGAUAUCUG